ACGGCAUUGGCACAGAAUCGCUAGGGCAGGCAGCUUCGCGUCGAGGUGUCCUCCGUGGCACUAGGAAUUGGCCAGCCAGGUUCAGUCUGUUUUGUGUGGUCGGUGUGGCCAGUCGUAGGCCAGCUUAGCAAACGCUUUUGUCGGAAACCCCCAGCCAGUGGCCAAGUGUGGCCAGCCUGUGUUUAACUCCGUUCGACUUAUUUUCGGAUACGCAAUUCCUUCAGCCCGCUUACAGCACCGGGAAAGGGCACGAACGAACACACGUAAACACACGCACAUACACACCUGCACGCAAUCAACCCCGUCCUGCCGCGGACGCACCAGCAGCGGUGGAUCUGGACAGGAGCUAACAGGGUCGGGCGGAGGCGCCGUGGCCAGCGCGCGCGCAACGAGGAGCGAAGCGAUCAGCGAUCAAAUCCCUUGGAGAGCAAAGCGCGCUCACUCUUGACCGGAGCGAAACGCCAAAAGGACCAAAACUAACAAGACGAGCCCGUCAUUGCAUCCGCCGGCAAGCAAAAAUAACAGCCCAAAACGCUCAGCAUGAUUAUUAGGAGUUCGGGCCUGUUCGGGCUCGACCAACACACGAUGGCGUACUUACUAGUGGCACUAGCACUGGCGCUGAUACCGACAGCACACAGCGCUCCCAUGUACGAAAGUGAUCAAACAGAGCUGGAAAAUUAUGGCGAAUCGACCGGGUGCUACUACAACUACAACCAUUACGGCGAAGGCGAUCGCAUCAUGACGAACGAACCCUGCCUGAACUGUACCUGCCACGACCGCAUGCUCAUGUGCUAUCUGCGCGUCUGCCCGUUCACGAAGGCGAUCGGCCAGGACUGCACGAUUGAAAAGCGGGAGGAUCAGUGCUGCCCGGUCAUCACCUGCCCGGAGGUGGAGGUGCAGCUCGUCGACCACCAGACGACGGCCAGCCCUUCCAGUGCGCUCGGUGCCACCGCCGGCAGCGAGGUCGGUUCGCUCGACCAGUACGGUUGCUCGAUCAAUGGACGCUUCUAUCCGGAGGGAGCUCAGGUGCCAUCAAACCCACAAAAGCCGUGCGAACUGUGUUACUGUAUUCGCAAUAUGACGACCUGUGUGAUGCAGGAGUGUACGUUGCACAUCGAUGGCUGUCAGCCAAUCUACAACAAGGGUGUCUGCUGUCCGGUGAAAUACGAUUGUGAUCACGACAAGGAUUCGACCCUGAUGUUGGAGGACGAACAUACUACAACGGUGCGUCCGACGCCCGGCUUCAUUCUCACGACCACCGUCUCGCCCGCUGUAUCUACGGACUGUGUGCACAACGGAGAAACGUACGCGGAUGGUGCACUGAUCAUGACGGACAAGCCGUGCGAACACUGCUACUGCAUGCGAGGCGAUAUUGUGUGCGCAGUUCAGGAGUGUGGAACGCCGCUGGAGAACGAGGGCAAAAACUGUACCGCACUACCACCAGCAGCCGGACAGUGCUGUCCGGACAAGUACAUCUGCGACGGAAGUGCAGCCGCACCGAUGACGACUACAGUGCCAGCGGUUACAGCUGCCGCGGACGAGGCUGAAGAGCAAGAACAGGAACAGGAACAGGUAGCACAGUCGUUCGAUAAGGCUCAACCUGAGCAGGAUGAGCAGCAGUCUGAGGCGACGCUAACGACCACAGCAGCUAGCGUGGAGCGCACCACAAUGCCACAGCAUGAUGACGUUGUGCCAGUUGAGAAGGAAGAGAUUGACAGCGAGGAUGAUCAGCAAGAACAGGAACAUGUGGUACCACAGUUCGAGGACGUUCAGACCGACGAUAGCCACGAGGAAGCCGACGAUGAUGAUGCUCAGGUACCGGAGAAGGUUGAGGAUGAGCAGGUAGCGACGACGGCACGCCCAUCCUUGAGCGAAGCGCCCGAAGCUGAAAGCGAUCAUAUUCCUGGACAUGUGGGAUCACACGAAAGUGAGGAAGACAAACAGCAGGAAGCCACAACCGUGGCUGACCUUGACGCUCCAUUGACCACCAUGCGCCCAGCAGUGCAAUCGACAACGGUGUUGGCGGAACAAGAAGGCACAACAAGCCACGCUGACGUUGAUGUAGAAGAGCACGAUGUUACUGGCACGACUGUUGCACCCACCAAGGAUGAACAGGCACCGGAAGCCGAUGCAGUGCCGUUCGAGGAGGAAGAGGACGAGGCACCGGUGACGACAAAACCAGCUUCCGAUGAAAUUGCCGCACCUGAGGCUGAGGCGACGACCGUUUCGCGUGACGAAACCGUUGAGCAGACGAUGACGACCGCUCUUCCAUCGCAGCAGGUACCGCUGGCGAGUGCGGAUGAGAAGGAGAACGAGAUCGACGAUCAUCACGACCAGACAAAUGCAGCUGAGCAUGAUGAUGGUGCUAGUGCAGACAUCCCUGAAGAACAGAAGGAGGAAGACGAACAGGUCGAGCAGGAAGAGCAACAGGAAGCUGCCACCACACCAGUAGUGCCAGUGCGCGAUGCAGUGCCCAGUGAACAAGACCAGCAGACGUACCAGCCAUCGGAGCAGGAGGUGUCGGCACCAGAGCAAGACAGGCCGGCAGUAGUUAGCACAGACAAGAAGGAGCCAGCACAAAAAGCUGACGAUGAGCCGCAGGUGCCUGUCGAGCAGGACUUUGUCGAGCUCCCACCGGCAGUCGUUGUGACUGAGCUGCCACCGGUCCCAACUACGUCGGACGAACCUUCCACCACGGAGCAAACGCCUGAACCACCCAAGGAUGAGAUACUGCCGAACAUGCCGCUGGAAGCCGACUCGCACGUCCUAUCCGACUCUAUGACGACCGAGCACGCGCCGACCUUUGGCGAUCGCAAGGAGGAUGACGGUCAGGAGCAGGAGCAGCACCCUGUGCAGGGUGGUGCCGAUCUGGAUGAGCCAGUGGAAAUGAACACAAUCAUUCCGCUCGAGGCGGAGGAGGACCAGAAGGUUGAGCACUCUAAGGAGGAGGACCAGAAGGUCGACGAACAGGACGAACAGGAACAGCAGGUACAGGAACACGCACAGGACGUCGUACCGGACACACACGCUGACGAUGACGAGCAGGCACAGAGCGGCGAAGAGCCGGAAGUCGUGACACCUGUAAGCGUUGAUGCACAACCGGAACCAGCGGCACCGGUCGACGAAAAGCUCGGCGAAGACGAUGAGCAGCAGUCCGUCCACGAAAGUCCGGACCAACUGUUCCCUGAGUCGAUUCCUGGCGAGGGAGACUGUCUGAUCGACGGAGUCACGUACGAAAACGGAGCCAGCGUGCCGGCGAGCGGUAAAUGUCAGGUCGCUUGCCACUGCUCCAACAGUAUCGUGCACUGCGAGAUGGUACGUUGCGAGGCUGCUCCUAGCGCGGACUGCACGCCGAAGAGCACAUUGCCGGGUGAAUGUUGUCCGUCGUACAGCUGCCCCAAGGAGGCGUCCACAACGGUGAGCUCUGCCUCAGUUGAGUCGACUGAAGCUUCUACGGAAAGCGAUGCUGAAAGUGAGGAGGAACAGGUGUCGGCAGAUGUCAGCGCAUCUGAUUCGGGCGCUUCCGAUGUCGAAUCCGCCGAAGCAACAACCAAAGCACCUGCCAGUGAUUCUCAAUCACUGUCCACCGAUGAGGAGGACGAUGAUGAUGUAUCGGAUAAGCCAUCGGAAGCAGAGAGCGAUAGCGCUGGGGUCGAUUUGGAUGAUGAGGUGUUCAAGCCCUACCGGCCAACUGAGCCUUCACACGGUGAAACGCACAUUAACUUCUUCGCCGGCAACCGGCCAACGACUGCAGACUAUCACGAUGAAAUUAUCCUGAGCACGGCAGCUCCGACCAAGGUACCGGUGGUGGUCAGCGCGCAGGACGACGAUGUAGCACAAGAAGAUCCAGUGAAGAUGGAGCAACCAGAACAGGAUGCCGCGCCCGCAACUACACAAGCAAGCGUAACGGAAUCUGCGCUCCAGGAAGAGGGUACUACAUUGCGCACUGCAGAGCGUGGCACCGAAUCUGACGAAAGUGUGGCAGCAGAACAAGACGAACAGGAGCAAGCAACCACGACCAAGACAUUCACUGAGGAGACUGGAACGACGCUUGCCUCGGUUGUAAAAACUGAGGAGGACAGCGAGGCAGAGGACAAAGAUGCCAAGCCCGAAGACACUACUAGUGGCGUGGAAACCGAUCAACAGGAUAAGCGUGUAACGACAGUUACCGCCGAUGAGGUAGAAGAUGAUAAGGAGCAAGCAACUACGGCUAGCACAAUUAGCAGCGAUAAGCAACAGGAAGUUAGUAAGGCCGAUGACGGAGUAACAACAUCUAGCUCGGUCACAGAAGAUACGGCGGUGUCGGUCGAACAGGAUGAGAAGCUGGAACAGCCAGCACCAACGACAGCUCGCACUGUGGAAGCCGAUGAAGAAACAGUAGUUGAGCAGGAACAAGAUCAACCGCAAAGCUCUGACGAUCAGGCGGAGGAGGAUGAUGAGCCUUCCAGUACGACAGUUCAUGCCGAUAAGCCAUCCGCAGUGGAGGAAGACGAAGAGGGCCCGGCCCAAGAAGCAACGACAGCUCGUGCUAUUGAGACAGCUACGGAACAGCAGGAAUCAGUUCCGGAAAUCGAAACUAAGCGUAAAACGAUUCAAACGACAGUUGCACCUACAACGGUUUCAGAACAGCAGGACGAUCUUGAAAAGACUGAAACCACAACGCAGCCAGCUGCUUCUGCUGCUGCUGCUGACGAGCUCCAAGAAGAGGAACACGAAGAGGAGAAACUAACUGAUGAACCGGAAUUAACUGAAGAUGAUGUUCAAGAGUCUGCAGCACCAACCACCUCACGGCCAACCGCUCAGGAGGAAGCUUCGACACAGUAUGACCAUGAGCCAGAAACCACACACAAGUCAAGCGAAGUGCACGAUGACGAACAGCCAGGCACCACCGUGUCGUCCGUAACCAGUGAGAAGGAAUCCGACGUACCUGUCGCCGUGACUGUUCAGGCAGCCAUGGAGCAGGAAGAUGAUGGAGAUGUGAGCAAGACGACCGAAGCGCCAGCAGCACAAAGCACCACAGCUUCACCAAAUGCCGUCGAUGAUGCAAUUAUCUACCGCGUCGACGAGGAAGAAGACAACAAACCGAUCGUGAAACCAACGCUGGAAGAAGAAGUUUCUACAUCGCAUGCUGUGCAACCAACGCACGAUGAGGUGAAGCCUGUUGAGGAUGCAGCUAAGCCACAAGCAGUUGAUGCGCAGGAAACGGAUGAUGACAAUUUGAUCAGCCCAGUCGGUGGAGAGCCGGAACACGACGGUGGUUUCCAUUUCCCGCAAGAGGAUGAUGAGGAGCAGGAGGAACCAAUCUUCAAGCCGACGCUGGACGAUACUGAACAGCAUGCUGCGGUGCCAUUGCCUGCCGAAAUUCCUCAGGAAACGGUCCCGCUAGAGCCGGUGGAUCAGAUCAAGGAGCAAGAGGAUGCUGAACAGCGCACUACCCCACGGGCGGAGCAAGAAACCAUGGCUCCAAUCACCUCUAAACCGGAGCUGCCGGAACAGGAACGCGAACGGGUAACGCCAGCGAUCCGAGAUGACGAACAGGAAGACAACGAAAUCGAGGCAGACAUCCAGUCCGUUGCUGUGCCAGAAAAGAAGCCUGAAUCGGUGCCAAUGUACGACGAAAUUGAAGAAACAGAGCAGCAAACGGUUGCUCCCACCAAACAGGAACCGGUACCGACAACGGUUGCACAGGAGCAAGAGAGCGAGGUACAGCCGACUACGGAGACAGCUGGAAAGGAUGAGGUAUCGCCUGUGGAGCAGGACAAACCUGAGGCCGAUAUUGAACCAGAGCAACCAGCGCCGGUAACGCAAUCCAGUCCAGUUGAUACAACACCAGCGAUGGUACAGGACAUUGAGCAGGAACAGGAUGAACAGGAACAUGACACAGAACCAGAGCAGGUGCAUUCCGAUGACAUUCACUCAACGACAGUCCGCGUUGCGGCAGCAGACAGCGCAGAGGAUGAGGAACAUGACGAGGAACAUCUCAUUACGACGCCCGCCGCUGUGCAGGCUGAACAAGAUGAGAAGCAGCAGACGACUCCAGCGAUUGCGUCCAGCGACUCUGAGGUAACGGCAGUGGAGGAAGAACAGUCGGAAGUACAGCACGCUGAUAAGGUUGAUGAAGAUGAGGAGCCGGAGGAUGAUGUGCCGGUUGUCACUACGCCACAGGUGUUUGUUAAGCCAGUAAGCACGGACGAUGAACAGCAAGUUGAGCAGGUUGAGCAGGAUUCGGAGUCGGACGUGCAGAGUGUUUCUGAACACGCUACAACGCCGGCUGCUAUUUUCGAUGACAGUGAGCAGACUACAACGGCAGAUGUUGCCGACGACAGCAAGACGGUUGCUCCAGUAGCUACGGAACAGCAAACUACAGCUGCACCGCUGCAGGAUGGCGAAAAGGAAGAUAGUGAAAAGCCAGUAUUCAGUGACGAUGCCAGCGCUCCUGCUGCUGACGAUGAUGAGAGCCAGGAAGAAGGUACCGAACAGCAAACAGAUAAACCUCCGAAAGUCCCAGUAGCACAGGCUGCUGAUGAUGUGUCGGAGGAUUCAAUGUACCCAACUGAACCAGUGCCUGCUACCAAUGUGGCCGAUGUUACCGAAGCUGUACUGCAAGAUUCUCAGGAAGGCGAGCAAGUCGAGCACGACGAUGACGAACAGCAGACACGUACGACUCUACCACCACAGGUAACGCAAGACGAGAAAUAUCAGCCGCAACCACAGGAAGCGGACGCCAUCGCUAAACCAACUGAGCCUGAACAGGAAGCGCCAAUGGAGGAUGAGGUCGAGUUCGAGCCUGAGCAAGACAAACAAACGACGGCUGCACCACAGGCUGUAGAGGAGCAAGACCAGCACACGACGUUGCCAUCGACGGUGACCAGCGCUAGCCUGGAUGAGGAGGUCGAACCUGAAGCAGAUAAGGAAGAAGACACCAUGGGCGAAAAGGUUCACAUCACUACAGCACGUGUUCCGGCUAUGGAAUCUGACGAUAAGCACGAGGACCAACCCGAAGCCGAUUUGCCCGAACCCUCCAUCGGUGUUGCCGAUGAGGAGGAUUCGUACUCAACCACGUUUGCAACACCAGAACGAACGGGACUCGAUGACGCUGAGCAGGACAAGAAACCAGUGGAGAAAGAGACGGCUGAUAGCAACACCACGGUCCAACCACCUAGCCCAAUGUACGACGAGUCGAUCGAGCCAGAGGCAGACUCUCAGCAUAAGGACGCGCCAUCCAGUACAGCACUUCCAGUAACGACUGCUGCAGCUUUGGAAGAGGAUGAAGUGCAAGAUAAUGACAAGGACGGCAAGUCAACGACGGUACAGCCUGCGUUGAUCAGUGAAGAGGAUGCUCAGCCAUCUACCACGGCGGCCUCAGUCGAGGCCGAACCAGAGCGCGAUCUUCCCAGCGAAGGUACGGUCGUCGGUGAUGCGCAGGACGAAGAGCAGACGGAUGAGGCCACCACAGCGGCGAGUGUAUCAGAGAGCGACGAAAAGGUUCAGCCAACGGUAUCAUCGACCACCGGACUGCCGGUCGCCUUCGACGCGGUGGAAGUUGGAGCUACCUCCGAAGAAGAACACGACGACGCAGAGCAGCCACAGACGGACGAUCUGAACGCGGAUGAUGAAUCAUCCGAGGAGGCAGAAUCGUUGGCCGCCGUGACGACGCCACGAGCACCAGAAAAGGUUUCCACCACAGCCGAACCAGCCAGCACCCCCGUGAAGGAGGUGUCCGCAGAGGAGCUCACUCCCAAGCCUGAAGUGUACACGACGGUCGCCGCCGAAUCGGACUCGCAGGUCACCGAGCAGCCAACCACCGUGCAACAGGAAGCGGAACAGACGUCGACCGAAGUGACGGCCGCGCACGCCGACACCACAACUACCUCCAAACCGUCGCAGGAUGAGAUUCAAACUACUGCUGCCGCGGUUGAUGUGAUCAAUCGUGACGAGGAACAACACCACUCGGAAGCUCCGGAAGAGGUUGUUUCGCAGGAGCCUGCAGUGACGACCACGUCGACAGCAGCUACCACCGCUCAACCGGUGGCAGCGGAGACAGACGGACCCGUACGAGAGUCAUCGCAGCCCGCAACGACGACGCAAGAAGAUCUCGCAUCAUCCACCGUAGCCGCACCAGUCGCGGCACAGGACGACAAGCUGGACGAGAAGGUGGACGAACAGGCCGUCGUGCCCGCCGUUCCCGAGAAGCCACAGCCGGUCAGCGAUGACAGCGAAGAGCAGCAGGAAGCAGUAAAGCCAACCUUCACCGAGGACGAACAUGACGACCAGCAGAAGGUGCAGGAGCCUGAAGUCGUUGGAGUGAGCGAGGAAAGCAGCAGCAGCAGCCCGGCAAAACCGACGCAGCAGCCGGAAACGGUCGGACCGUCGUACGGUGCGCCUGGUCAGCACUACGACACCGGCUACGGUCACAUGCCGCCCCACUACCCGCCGUCCUCGUACGAGGAUGACUACGGUGAGGAGGAGGACCCGGCCGCGUUCGGUCCGGGCACCUGCCGCUACGGUGGCAAGCUGUACGUGUCCGCCCAGCAGAUCCCGCGCGACGAUCCGUGCGACUUCUGCUUCUGUUUCCGCAGCGACAUCAUCUGCCUGCAGCAGUCGUGUCCGCCGCCGAUCAGCGGCUGUAACGAGGAGCCGAUCGCCGGAUUCUGCUGCCCGCGGUACGAGUGCCCGGUGUCGAUGGCGACGGUGCUAAACGUGACGACCAGCACGACCACCACGACCACCACGCUGCCGCCGCACUUCCUGUCCCACGCGUACAAGGGGCACGUGCAGAAGCGCGGCUGCCAGAUACAGGGCAAGCCGUACAACGUCGGCGAAACCGUGGCGUCCGCGUCCGGUCCGUGCAUGCGCUGCACGUGCGGAGGCGACGGCCAGAUGCAGUGCGAACCGAAGGCCUGCAGCCCCGAGCCGAUGCUGCAGCAGAUGAUUGCGGUGGCGGCCGCCAGAAGGAGAUGAGCGGAAACGCCGGCCCCGCUGGACCGGAUUCUAGAGGACUCUUGAACGCGUGCUACGCUCGUCCGAGCGCACAUGGACCGCGCACUACAGCGUAUGAGUAGAACAGUAAGAUCGGUAGACAGAUACGGAAUAUAGCGAGAGAGAGAGAGAGAGAGAGAGAGAGAAAGAGAGAGUGGCGCUAACGGGACGCACGAUAUUAGGAGCUAAGUAACCCUAAAUAAGGACUGAGAUGGGUGGCAAACGGACGCACACACUUUACACAACACUAGCUGAUAGUAGGACGACGGUACGCGACGACGUUUUUUCAGGGUAGAUCAUUACGGCUGUAGGAAUGACACACAAACACACACACACAUGUACACACCUGCGCACAAGACCGAUAACCGAUACAAGCGCCAUACAAUGCGGUCAAGAACGGUACACGUCCAUUGCUUCCUGUUUCCGAUUUUCCGGUAAAUGUUUUUAGAUCUGUCUUUUUUCUUUUAUUAUCGCAUUCCCCUUUUCCCCUUUUUUGAUGCGGUACCGUUCCCGUCCCGCCUCAGUAACUCGAUCGUCAAUCGAACGACUCACGGACACGAGUGACUCACGAAACAAGACGUUGAUACCGAUGUGCCAACCAACCGGGCCCAACAUCUGCCAGACAGACGGGCCCAGAGUGCGCAUCUUCCCAAUCCCGUUUUACCAAAUUCAAACCCAUCGCCCAUUGCUUGCGUGGCAGGUAUGGCCCGAAGAUGCUUGACACGAGGUCUUUUCAAACGCUCGACUGUUACCAAGCUGUGCGCAAACGUCGAUGCAAUCGCGUCGACUCCACCACCUUUGGGCAGCGCACAAAGUAGCAAAUCCACACACAAACACACACGCACGAGGGCACGCACACAGUACGCCUUCGCCUUACAGGGGCGGUUGUGUGAGUGCUAUUAUCCUGUUUUUUUCUCUGUUCAUUGAGUAGGUUUUGGUCUCCAUGCUUAUCAACGUUCAGCGCCCAGAGCCCGAUGAUUGACCGGUCGUAGUGUUGACGAGGGCCGGCAGUCCGAUGGUUAUUUGCACUCCCUCGGACGCUCGGCCCGGCGAACUUUUCGAACAUCCACAGCGCAGUGAUUAGUGUGUGGGAGGAACAGGGGUUCCUUCCCCGUGCACUGUAGUUCGAAAACGAUCGCUUGUACGAUCGCUUGAACAUUUGGCAAUAGACAUGGCGCCGUUUUAUGUUUUUUCGGAAGCAAAUUCGUUUAGUUUCCUGUUUGUUUGUUCCGUCUUUCAAGGAGAAAAAUACCGAUUCGUACACCCCUGUUCUAGAAUGUCGACUGUAUGGUAGUUAAAGCAGAAGCUACAAUCCAAACAUUUCUCAUUCUUAAAAGUGUUACUCGAUCUAGCAGAUGGGGUACCGUUAAAAAAGUUGUUUCUACACACGAUGAAGGAUAUUGUGUUUUGUUUAUAUGAAGUGUUUGUGUGUAUGCGUGUGGAAGUGUGUGUUUCUGUGUGUGCGUGUAUGUGUGUGUAACGGACGUCAAUGGCGAAAGUUCGACGUCGCUGUACCUUCUCCCAAUAGAUUUCCCUUUUCCUCACCUGAAGUUCGCAUUAGUACAGUAGCAAGUGGCUCGUUAACGUAGUUUGGAGUGUACUUGUUUCUUUCUACUUCGUUUUGCUACAAUUCGCUCUAAUUUCGGAUCACUCCAAGUGCUUUCACAUAGUUCGAGCAUAGUUUUGCCUCACUCACCAGUUACAAAAAAAAAAAACAAAAACGAAACCCCGACAGUGCUUUCUUAUUUUUUUUUUUGGUUCGUGUGUGUUGCUAACGACCAGCAACGCUUGCGAUAAUGGUAUAGCUAUUUUUAAUAUUAUUGUUAAAUUUGUAUUUGUAUUACUGCUACGAUUAUCUUUUUAUCACUGUAUAUUUUGCCAUAACUUUAACGAAAACUCCCCUCCCCCCAGCAUAAAGCACUGUACACGUUAGGGGUACAUUCGUCUGUCAAAACGUAUGGCACGCGGAUUGCCAGAACGGAAGCAAAGCAAGAACCAAGUGCGGCUGUAAAAAUGAUCCACAAGAACAAAAUUUGCGCAUAAAACAACGUUCAGGAGUAGUAGACGGGAGCAGGUGUAUUACAUGUAGAGGAAAAGCUUGCGUUGAGAUUGGCACGGGAGUCGUUGAGUCCCAUUUUCUUUUGAGUUUUUUUAAUGUCCCACUGCACCAACCACGGUGCAUCUAGUUCUAACAGCAAAGCCUACAAUCGUCGAAAAAGUUAGUCAACACAUACAUCCACUCAUACACACACGCACACAGUUACGAAAACCUACCAACCCCCCCUCCCGUCUCUCCCUCACGCCCAGUUGAACUCAGGCAGGGCCAUCGCCAACUAUAUCAGACUCACCCUCAACUACCUGAAUACAACCAUAACAUAACCAAUUUGAUGCUGCAGAUGCAAGCUCAAACAUUUUUAAACCCCCCUGGACCACCUAAUCGGAAACUAAAAUGGAAAUCGGAUGGAGAAAUAACACAAACAAAACAGCAAGAGAGAUAAGAAAGCAAAAGUUAAGGAAAAGCAUUUAUCAGCCGCUGGUACACGUGAGGCCCGCGCAACGUUAACGCGGGGGAGCGCGUGACAGCGGCAGCGAGAUUCGCGAGAUUUGAAACCUGAAACAAGGGGGCUGAAAAACAGGAGAAAAAGGAACCGCGAUCCAGACAGGCGCAAAUUCUAAGACGUACGAGAGCAUCUCAGUGUGCGAUGAACCCGAGCGACAGCGCGUACGCUCGCCCGAGUUGUUUUCCCUUCCCUGCUUCCCCCGGGGGAGCACACUUCCAGCAGCACCAGUGCGCCUCCCUUUCUUAGCGGUCUAAUUUAUUCCGGGUAUCCCUCAAGGUAUCGCCCAAUUAUGUUUCCAUUACCAAAAUUGCACAAUUUGCAAUGAAAGGGGAGAUUGUUGUGCCUGCUGCUGCUGGGACACACACACCGGGGAAAGCGCGGAAAACAGCUCGUCCUAGCUGCCUAGGGGUGUAUGCGGCCGGCGACCGAUGGCGCUCUUGCUCCGGUUCAUCCACUGACACCAACCGUUCAGCCGAUCGGGCUUGAGCGGGUAGGCAGGUUAGCCUAGUAGAGUAGGAAAGUAGUAUUUUUUUUAAUUAUUAUUAUUACACUGAUAGCUGAUCUGGGGUGAUCUGCCACGCGAAGCGCUACCCCUCCCCCGCCCGAACACGAAUCUGUUCCAAGCUGAUUGGAAAGUGAGUGAAGAACCGGAAGAAGAAGAAUAAGAAGAAGAAUCAAUUAGGAACGGAAUGGGGAAAAGCCCCUCCCCUCAGUAAGCAAGAGAAAAGCUAG